AUGAUGAUGUUAUCAAUCAGUUUAUUGAUCGUCUAUUUUUUGACUUUUUCUACACACGUUCAUGGUCAAAACAAAUGUGAAGCUUUUAUUGAUUUAACUCUUAUUAUUGAUUCAUCUGGAAGUAUAUCACCUGGUGAUUUUGAACAAGGCAAAAAAGCAUUACUUGAUCUCGUUAGUCGUCUUAAUGUUGGUACAGAAAAAGCUGGUGUCGCUAUUAUUAAUUUUUCAUCAAAUAUGUCACUUAGUGCUCAAACAGAUGUAUUUGAAUUUGAUCGAAUGAAUUUACUUCAACAAGUAGCUGAACUUCCACAUUUUGCUCAAAAUACAGCUACAGGUGAUGCUCUUGCUUUAGCUGAUUUAUAUUGUCAAGCUAGAUGUCGACCUGCUACAAAAGCUGUUCCAAGAAUUUUUGCUAUAUUUACUGAUGGACAUAGUAAUGAAGGUCGACCAGCAAUACCAGCUGCUCAAGCUUUACGUUCAAGUCCAGUUGAAGGAACAAUAUUUGCUGUUGGCAUUGGCAAUAUUGGUACAGCAGGUGAUGCUGAAUUACUUGGCAUUGCUGGUGAUCCUGAUUAUGUCUUAAGUAUUGCUUCAUAUCUUGAUUUAGCUCGUGUUACAAAUGCAAUAACAACGAAAAUGUGUGAAUUUCCAGCAUUUGUUUUACCUAAUAUUAAAGUACAAGGUAAAAUGACAGGAAAUUCAAGUCGAUAUUAUAAAAUGCAUACAUUAAAAAAACUUAGAAAGAAUGCUUUCUUUGAAAUUGAAAUGAGAGAUCGUGCAGGAAAAACUACAGUAUAUACAUCGACAACAAGUAAAAAACCAUCUUCAUCUUCAUCAAGAAGUAUUAGUAGUCGUGCUGUUGGAGGUGGCAAUACAUAUACGACUUAUGUACCAUCAAGCGCAGAAAAUUUUUAUUUUAGUGUAAAAGGUGUAGAGGUUAAUUUGAAUCAAUAUGAUUUUAUUGUACGUGUUCGACCUCUUGAUUUUUGA